AAGCGGCCAGCCAAACCAAAACAACACACACUCAACAGCAUUAUUUACUGACCCCCUCGCAGGAAUCGAACAAGCCAAUACAGUAGCUCGCUGCAUCGACGCCGGCCAGCCAUGGGUCUGACGCUGGGCAAGAUGAUGCUGGGGAAGAUCGUGGUGGAGACACCGAAGCACGAGGUGCUGCACACGGGCGCCGGCUACGAGAUCCGCAAGUACCCGCCCUGCGUCGCCGCCGAGGUGGUCUACGACCCCAAGGACAUGAAGGGCGACCCCGACGGCGGGUUCCAGGUCCUCGCCGCCUACAUCGGCGUCUUCGGCAAGCCGCAGAACACCAAACCCGAGAAGAUCGCCAUGACGUCCCCGGUCAUCACCUCUGCCUCCUCCGGACCCGGAAAGGCAGAGGAGAUCUCCAUGACGGCGCCCGUGAUCACAUCUUCGGUCGAGCCCGAGCCGGUGGCGAUGACGGCGCCGGUGAUCACGGCCGAUGGGGGGAAUAAUAACAAGGUGACGAUGCAGUUCCUGCUGCCGUCCAAGUACAGCAAGGCGGAGGAGGCGCCGAAGCCGACGGACGAGCGCGUGGUGCUAAGGGAUGUCGGGGAGAGGAAGUACGGGGUGGUGACGUUCAGCGGGCUGGCGGGGGAGAAGGUGGUGGCGGAGAAGGCGGAAGGGCUCAAGGCCGCGCUGGAGAAGGACGGGCACGUCGUGAAGGGCCCCUUCGUGCUGUCACGCUACAACCCGCCCUGGACUCUCCCGCCGCUGCGCACCAACGAGGUCAUGAUCCCCGUCGAGUAGUGAAUCGGUCCGGACUCCGGCCACUUCUUGCAACCGUGUUCGUACGUACGCGCUUCUGUCGUUGUCGUUUCAGUGACAAGGGGUCCCAGGGAGCCGGUGUGCUGCUUUUUCAUUAGCCGUUAAGCUGAUCAUGUUAAUGAUCUUGUGUAAUAGACAUGUGUUUGGUUGGUGCAAUAAAUAUUGGAGUGAUGUUCUGAAUGC